UUCGUUUUGUUCUUUUUCUUCUUUUUUCCUCUCUAAUCAUAAUCAAAGAGUGAACAAGUGGUUUUCACAUUAUCAAGCAACGCAGGGAAGAAAUACAGUUUCCUUCUUUCCUGGCCAGGUCUGUACCAAAUAAAGGAGCAAGAAAGAGACUUAGGGUUUUUGGGUAAUACAGACAAGCACCUGAAUUCACAUUUGGUGCUUUAUACACACAGCGGAAAUACCAGGUAUACAAGGUAGACCAUGUCGCAGACCCUUCAGUAAGACCCAAUCAGCACUGACUUUUCAGCUUCCAGGGUUGUUACCUGUGCUCGAGGGAGCCCAUCAGUCUUAAAAUCCCUCUUAAAAACGACUGUGGUGCAAAUAGGUCAGACAGUAAAAUAGAGGCGUUGCUGUCUUAGAAAGGGAGAGACUGUGAAUGAAACUUUCUGGGAGCACCUGCGCAUCCGCUGUGCCCAUCAACUUCGUCAUCCCCGUGGGUCACAAGUGGUCACCAGACAGCUCGCAAAACUGUUCUCUGGCCGCCCAGCUCUCCUGGGGUUAACUUGCUGAGGGGCUAGGAUGAGGAAAACCAGAUCUUCCUAGGCUGCAGCUCACUUGACUGCCCUUCACCCCACACCUGAACUCGGGCUCCUGGGAGAGAACCUGAGGAAAGGCAGCUUAGCCAAGGCUGCACUGCCAGGGGCUUCUCUGCCAGGGGCCACUUCUGGCUGCAAGCUGUAGGCAGGACCAGGAAUGGAUGUCACUGGAGAUGGGAAGCUCAGUGACGAAGGGACCUUACUUCCAGUCCCCAAAAGAUGCCAUUUUCAAUGUUCUCCUCUGAAUUGUACCUUUCUUUUCAUCUGGAUUUCUCCUCGUUGGCCACAGAGAGCGAUUUCUGAUGAAUCCUGGAACAUGUCCUGUACUGUAAGAGCAGGAAAUUGCAUCUGCCAUCCAAGCCUCCUCCCUCCUUCUGCUUUAAAGUUGUGGAAGCUGCUGAGAAGAUCACUGACUUCGGCCACACUUAGGGAGUUCACAACACCCUCCAAGUGAAAGGAAUUGAGAGAGGCUGUUCCACAGCUCUGUCGAUAGGGUACUUGCCUUGAAAGAUUUUCGAAUUCCCGGCCAAUGCACCAAAUAAAAGACCCCCGAAGUGAGACCCUUACUCAGACACUCAAGUCCCGGGACAGCCGCGUACCCAAGAAGACACUGAGACCAUACAUAAAAUGUAGAAGGUUUGCGGUCCCCCUCGCACCCACGAAUAACUGAGUCCCGCGGGACGGGAUAAGUGGCGCCCGACGUGAGGGCGAGGUCCGGAUCGUAAUUUCUAAUCGGUGGAGGUUCCAGAGAAGUUCGUCGCGACCCCAACAUUUCAAAAGCAGUGAAGGACCCCUUCCGCCGCUCACGGAAGAGCGAGAAGUCCUUGGUGAGUGAGUCAUCUCCACUUCAGGAUAUGGGUAAUAAGUUAUCUAAAGAGGCAGCCUUCAUCAAAGGCUUAAAGGUAGCUCUCAGAGAAAGAGGAGUACGAGUUAAAAAGAAAGAUUUGAUAAAAUUUUUUAUUUUUAUAGAUCAGGUAUGCCCGUGGUUUAUUAUAGAUGGAGCGGACAUACAUCGUAAAAAAUGGAGAAGGGUAGGUAGAGAAUUAAAUGACAUUUUAGCGAGGCAGGGCCCCGAGGCGGUCCCUGCAAAUGUAUUUACUUAUUGGAGUUUGAUCCGUGAUUUGGUAGAAAAUGCGGUUGAUGAUCCAGAAAAACAGCAACUUUUGUCAGUGGCAGAAUAUUGCCUCCGUCCCUUUUCUCGGGAAGCUGUAGAGGGCUCCCUCCCUAAUCCUCCAAGAGCUGCAGAAGGGCCUAAAAUUCCACAGGCUACUCUUUAUCCGCAGGUUCCAAUAGGCACCUUACCUGCGCAGCCUAUGCAGCCUGCCCCUGCUAACCCGCCACUAAUCAAUCCAGUCUUUAAAAAAUCUUUGGCAGAGGGCCUUUUAGUUUCUGGAGAUUCAGAAACUGUAGAGCAAGAGGUAGUCCGGCCCCGUAAACCAGAGCGGCUGCGCGGCGCCUCAGCUCCUCCUCCUAAUCCCCCUCCCUACUUGCCGCGGAUCUGCACUCCCGCGCCUUGGCCUCAGGCUCUACCAGUUCCCACUCUCAUUGAUGCUAAAGACAAGCUCGCAUCUCAAGUAGCUGGAUUACAAGAAGUGUUAGAGUUACAACAACAGUACGCUCGCCUGUCCACAGAUCUCGCGUCACUCCAAAAUUCUUUAAAAGAGACUAUUCUUGCCCCUCCCUUAGCCGCAGCCUCGGGCGGCGUAAAGAAAAAAGCUUCGCGAACAGUAAAAAACAAAGCGUUAGCUUGUCCUGUAAUCACCCGCUCUACAGGAGCUGCUAGCUGUGACCCGCCCACCUCUACAGAAGAGGAACAGCCCUCAACCGUCCGUGCUAGAUCUGCUUCUGUAGAAAUAGGGCCUUUAAGAGCGCCCCAGGCCGAUCUUUCAGACACUAACAGCGAGGGCAGAACAGGUUCUGAGAGUGACAAUGAAAUAGCACAUGAGCCAGGGGAACAGUUGACUGUUCCUAUCAGACAGACAGAGUUUCGUAAGCUGCGUUUUAAAGACCUAAAAGAGCUUAACUCAGCGGUUAGAACCUAUGGUCCGUCUGCCCCCUAUACGCUUUCGCUCCUAGAAGCCCUCCCAGGAGGCGGACAUAUGCUCCCAAGUGAGUGGAUCAGAGUGAUUCAGACAGUGUUAACUCGCGGACAGUUCCUUUCUUGGAAAGCCGAUUUUCUCGACCGUUGCCAGACAAUUGCUACAACUAAUCAAAGGAACCCUCGAACGCCAUCUGCUGGCUGGACCUUUGAAAAACUUUCUGGUCAAGGAAAAUACGCGGCGGAGGCCAGACAAAAGCACUUUCCAACCGGUCUGUUGGCACAAACUGCCAACGCGGCCUUGGGCGCCUGGCGUGCCAUUCCUAUGAAAGGUUCUGUUAUUACCCCUUUAACAAAAAUUAUUCAAGGAGCACAAGAGGACUAUAGUGAAUUUGUAAGUCGUUUGCUUGAGGCUGCAGAGAGGACCUUAGGUCAUGAGGAUGCAGACAAUAAACUCGUAAAACAAUUGGCUUUUGAGAAUGCUAAUUCCGCUUGUAAGGCAGUCUUGCGCGGUAAGAUCAGAGACAAAGACCUUAAUGAAAUGAUUCAUCUUUGUCGUGAUGUUGAUAUGUUUACUCAUAAGAUGUCCCAAACAGUUAAUCUUGCAAUAGGCGCGGCUCUUCGACAAGCAGGCCCCCAGAAAAAUUGUUUUAAGUGCGGCCAACCUGGACACUUUGCACGACAGUGUCCCGCUGUGCCCUCUCUUAACAGUGCUUCAACACAACCUACUGACCAUUCUUUCCGGCCUACACGGCCCAAUUCUCUUUGCUCACGCUGUAAAAAAGGUAUGCAUUGGACGAACACUUGCAGAGCUCAGACAGAUGUGUUUGGAAAUCCCCUGCCUCCUAUUCAGGGAAACGAGUAUGGGGGACAGCCCCGAGUCCCCAAAACCAUCUCAUUUCUCCCGGCCACGGGGCACAGCCGGCAGACAAAUCAGCCUCUGGUCUCUCCAGAGCCACCACAGGCAGCGCAGGCCUGGACUUGUGUUCCUCCGCCAGCACAAUUUUAACACCAGAGGAUGGUGUCUACAUCCUCCCCACGGGGGUCUAUGGGCCUCCUCCACCCAAUACUUAUUUUUUAAUAUUAGGGCGUGCUUCCGCCACUUUAAAAGGACUUAAUGUCCAUCCCUCAUUAGUAGACAAUGAUUAUACUGGAGAAAUUAAAAUUUUAGUUAGUGCCUCUCAAGGGCCAAUAUCCAUAAACAAAGGACAACGUUUGGCACAAGCCUUGCCUCUACCUUUAAAUACCUCCUAUCCAGCUAGGGGCAAACGUCGUGGCUCUUCACAGCCAGGGUCAUCAGACCUUUAUUGGGUACAAGCAAUUACCAAAGACCGCCCGACACUCUGCCUUAAGAUAAAUGGCAAACGUUUUGAGGGCCUUUUAGACUCAGGUGCAGAUUCUACUGUAAUUUCACAAAGUGCCUGGCCUGCUGCUUGGCCGUUAAAGGCCUCUUUAACUCAUUUACAGGGAAUUGGACAAUCAAAAAAUACUCUUCAGAGUUCACAGUUGUUAACCUGGGAAGAUGAUGAGGGAAACUCUGGUUCUGUUCAGCCUUAUGUCGUCCCUGAUUUGCCUGUUAAUUUAUGGGGGAGAGACAUUCUCUCUCAAAUGAGGGUCAUUAUGUGCAGUCCUAAUGAAGUCAUCACUCAACAAAUGCUCGCCCAGGGUUAUCUCCCUGGACAGGGACUGGGCAAAUAUAGCCAAGGAAGGCCCACCCCAAUAGAGGCCAUACCUAAGAUAGAUCGUACAGGUUUAGGUUACAACUCCCAUUUUUCAUAAGGACCAUUGCUCUCCCUGCACGUCAGGCAGAUAAGAUUACUUGGAAAGAUGAUACCCCUGUCUGGCUUGACCAGUGGUCCCUUCCUGCAGAAAAAUUGUCAGCGGCCAUAGAGUUAGUGCAGGAACAAUUGGCAGCUGGACACAUUGAACCCUCCACUUCACCGUGGAACACUCCCAUCUUUGUUAUUAAAAAGCGAAAUGGUAAAUGGAGAUUGUUACAAGAUCUUAGAGCAGUUAAUAAGACCAUGGUCCCCAUGGGGGCCCUACAACCUGGGAUUCCCUCUCCAGUGGCUAUUCCCAGGGGAUAUGUUAAGUUAAUGAUUGAUCUAAAAGAUUGUUUCUUUUCCAUUCCUCUCCAUCCUAAAGAUUGUAAACGCUUUGCGUUUACCCUUCCGAUGAUUAAUUGUAUAGGUCCUUCUCCUCGCUUCCAAUGGAAGGUUCUUCCUCAAGGCAUGGCUAACAGUCCUACUCUUUGCCAGAGAUAUGUGGCACAAGUUAUUGAUCCAUUCAGAAUGUCUUACCCUGAUCUGUAUGUGGUCCAUUACAUGGAUGACAUUUUGGUUGCUGGACCUGAUCAAGACCAAUUAUAUAGUGCUAGUCAAGAGCUUAUUAAUGCCCUUCAAAAUCAAGGACUCCAGGUUUCUCCAGAAAAGGUUCAGAUCCACCCUCCUCACUUGUUUUUGGGUUUUGAGUUAUUUCCUAACAAAAUUCUCUCUCAAAAGGUUCAGGUGAGACAAGAUUCCUUACAGACUCUUAAUGAUUUUCAACGUCUGUUAGGAGAUAUUAAUUGGCUUCGUCCUUAUCUGAAACUUACUACAGGAGAGUUAAAACCUUUGUUUGACAUUCUAAGAGGAGACCCAGAUCCUUCCUCUCCACGCAUGUUAACUCAAGAGGCACGAAGGUCACUAGCUAAAGUUGAACAAGCCAUCAGUGAGCAGAAUAUCGGGUACUUUUCCCCAGAGCUUCCACUUCAGCUCCUUGUCUUCCCUACUCCCUUUUCACCUACAGGUCUGCUGUGGCAGCUCAAACCUCUGUUUUGGGUCCACAUGUCAGCUUCUUCCUCCAAAGUGCUGCCCACAUAUCCUCAGUUAGUUGCUAAUGUUCUUCGUUUAGGCAGAGAAGCUGCUCUUAAGCUUUUUGGCAGAGAUCCAGAUGUUAUUGUUCUCCCCUAUGAUGCCUCUCAGGUUCAGUGGUUACUUAAAAAUAAUGAUGAUUGGGCAGUUAAUUGUAUCUCUUUUCAAGGUGUGAUUGAUAAUCAUUAUCCUGCUGAUAAAUUAGUUCAGUUUCUACAUAGGACACCUGUGGUUUUCCCUAAGAGAACAAAGUCAAGCCCAAUUCCUGGGGCUAUGUUAGUUUUUACUGAUGGGUCUUCCUCAGGUAUGGCCGCGUUUUAUAUCAAUGGAAAAGUCUCACGUUUUAUGACAGACUUCUCCUCAGCACAGCUUGUUAAAUUGGCAGCUAUUGUUAAAGUAUUUGAACAAUUGCCUAAAACUUCCUUCAAUUUAUAUACAGACAGCGCCUAUGUGGCUGCCUCUGUUCCUCUUUUAGAAACUGUUCCUUAUAUCCGCCCUUCUACCAAUGCAUCUCCAAUGUUUGCUAAACUUCAGAGCCUUAUUCUUGCUCGUAAUUUUCCAUUUUUUAUUGGACAUAUUCGUGCUCAUUCUGGCCUGCCUGGACCUUUGUCUGAAGGCAAUGAUAUAGUCGAUCAGGCCACUCAGGUAAUAGCUUCAGCUUUGUCUAUUACUCCUCUUGCUGCUGCCCAACAGGCCCAUGAUUUACAUCACCUUAAUGCGCAUACCUUGAGACUUAAAUUUUCCAUCACUCGUGAACAGGCUAGACAAAUUGUCCGGCAGUGUAAGGGCUGCCUGACCCUUUUGCCAGAGCCACAUGUGGGAGUCAACCCCCGAGGACUAAUUCCUGGUGAACUAUGGCAGAUGGAUGUUACCCAUUACACUCCCUUUAAAAAGUUAAAAUAUAUUCAUGUCUCUGUUGAUACCUCUAGUGGAUUUAUCUGUGCAUCUUUACAAACGGGAGAGGCCACUAAACAUGUUAUCAGCCAUGUCCUCUCCUGCUUGGCAGCUGUGCCACAGCCUAAAAUCCUCAAGACAGACAAUGGCCCAGGAUAUACUAGUGCCAGCUUUAAACAGUUUUGUGCUCAAAUGGGCAUUAAACACAUUACUGGGAUUCCCUAUAAUCCCCAAGGUCAAGGUAUUGUAGAAAGAACUCAUCAAACUCUUAAAAACAUGCUUUUCAAAUUACAGUCUGGAAGAGAAAUUCUAUAUCCUCAGUCUGGUAACUCCAAGAUGCUUUUAAAUCAUGCAUUAUUUGUUCUAAACUUUCUAACCUACGACAAUGCAGGCAAGUCUGCUGCAGAUCGCCUCUGGCAUCCUUCUACUGCUAAUAACUAUGCACAAGCUAUGUGGAGAGACCCCUUGUCCAACAAAUGGCAGGGUCCAGAUCCAGUCCUUAUAUGGGGCAAAGGACACGCUUGCAUCUAUGAUUCAAAAGCACAAAAUGCUAGAUGGCUCCCUGAGCGCCUGAUUAAACCUUAUAACUGUCCAGGGAGAAAAAACCCUGAGGAAAUUUCUAAAUGUGCUUCUUUACAGGAGAAUGAAAGCGCCAAAAAAGAAGUCACUUCUGAUCAUCAAGAUUUGGCUGUGUCUUUGCCUGAUGAGAAGCAUAUCGCCAGUGGUAGGCCAAGUUAAGAAAAAUCCUUAUCGACUUUAUAAUUACACCUGGCUGAUCAUCAACGAGGCAGGUGACAUAGCUAAUGCCACCUCCAAGAUUGAAGGCUCUAUUCCAUGGCCCAUCCUGAGAGUCGAUCUUUGUAAAUUAGUCUUAGGAGGUCAUAAUGACUGGGGAACUCACUUAGAGUUCCUGCCACAAGAACAAGCUAUUGACGAUCCUAGACAAGUUGCCUAUACCACUCCUGGAUGUGCUAGUUUAAGUCGCAGAAAAACUCUUGCCAGUGUUUUAAAAAGAUGGGGCAUAUACAUUUGUCCUGGCCCCAGUCACAGGAGUCGCACUCUUAAUUAUAAAUGUGGUUUCGCCCCUGAUUAUUUUUGUGCUUCCUGGGGCUGUGAGACCACGGGAGACACCUAUUGGAAACCCACUUCUGAUUGGGACCUAAUAAAGGUCCGGAGCAGGCCAGAUUAUGCUGCCUGUGCUAGUUCCAACCAGACUUCCAAAGGAUGGUGCAACACCUUAGAGAUCUCCUUUACUGACGCAGGAAGGAAAUUUAAUUGGGAAUAUACACGAGGAGCUGAGUGGGGUUUACGUAUCUAUAAAAAUGAAAAAGAUUUUGGAGUAACUUUCAAAAUCCAGUUACUUAAAAACACCCCAUCUUUAGGGUCGGCUGCUAUAGGCCCCAAUCUCUUUUUACAUUCCUCAUUUCCUAAAAAGCCGAGUAUUCCACAGACUGUUACCUUAGGCCUACCCGGGACUACUAUAUUCCAGCCUACUUUACCUGCUGGAUCUCCCUCCUCCACAGAAUUAAUUUUAUCCUUAGUUAAUGCAUCAAUUGCUACUAUACAUGCAGCUAAUGCUACUCAAUAUGAAGAAUGUUGGGUGUGCUUUUCUCCUCAACCUCCCUUUUACGAAGGGGUGGCAACAUUCGGAUCAGUCGUUACAAUUAAUGAUUCCAGCAAACUUGGAUGGCACCCCGAGAGCCAUGAUGGGCUCACUUUAAGUCAGGUGUCUGGCAUAGGCUUAUGCCUUUUGGGGCCUUCCAUGCUUCCUCCUCAGGCCUUAUUAGAGGUUUGCAAUCAGACUAUUAUAGUAGAGGCCACCUCUAGAUAUCUAGGAGCACCUAAUGGCACUUAUUUAGCAUGUUCUACUGGACUUACUACAUAUAUAGUUACUCAGACAUUUUUAGAUGACAGAGAUUAUUGUGUUGUAGUUCAGCUUCUCCCGAAGCUGACAGUACACCAUGCAGAAGACCUCCUCCAGUUCUGGAAGAGUGACACAGAUCUACCCCGUAAUAAGAGAGAGCCUAUUUCUGCAGUAACCUUAGCAGUGAUCCUAGGCUUGGGAGUUGCAGGCACAGGAACAGGCAUUGCAUCGCUAGUCACUUCCCAGCAACAAUAUACUCAGCUUCACCUUGCUGUGGACAGGGAUAUUCAAGAGCUACAGAGAGGUUUAAAAAAUUUAAAAGAUUCCUUGGUCUCUCUGUCUGAAGUAGUAUUACAAAACAGGCGAGGUCUUGAUUUAGUGUUCCUUAAAGAAGGAGGGUUAUGUGCAGCCCUCAAAGAAGAAUGUUGUUUCUACUCCGACAAGACUGGCUUAGUUCAAGAUAGUAUAGAUAAAGUUAGAGCUAGUCUAGAAGAAAGAAAACGCAACAGAGAAAAACAAGAAUCUUGGUAUAAAAAUUGGUUUUCUACUUCUCCUUGGGUCACUACCUUGCUUCCCACACUCUUGGGACCUUUCUUGGGUAUUCUACUGCUUUUGUCUUUUGGCCCCUGGGCCUUUAAAAGAUUAACCAGUUUUGUUAAGUCACAGAUUGAAGCUGCUUUAAGUAAGCCGGUUGCAGUCCACUACCAUCAGCUGGAUGUCCGGGACUCAGACGAAGAAGAUCCCCCUCCCACCGAGACAGAAACAGCAACUCGUCUCCAGUUUUCCACCCUUGCUGCCAAAGCAGAGUCCCCCUGGUUCCUCAGGCUUUGGAGACAAUAGGGACAAAGAGGGGUGACCUCCAGCUCUUGUUAUAGCUUAAGAGCCACAGAUUGUGGUAUUACAAUUGGCAUUCUUACAGAGGCCUUACUAAGUCUGAGGUUGACAAUUCUCCUACGGGAGCUGCACAAAACUCAGAAUUGUGCAUGCUGGUUCAUGAUAAAUACAAAUCCAGUAUGGGCCCAGCAUGGGUGCAAACUAAGUAUUGCAGGGGAAGGUCCAAAUAGACUGUUUCUGAGUUCCCUGAGAGACAAACCCGGUUAGGAAGAGGUUGGUAUCUAAUUUCAGUUACAAUUAAUAAUUUUUUCAAAGGCUCUGCCUCACCUCCCCAAAAGAUACCGAGAGCCACAAGUGUGGGUCUGUGACAGCACCCUUGGGAGGAAUCGGGUCAAUGUCCCCCCCAGCCAUGGUAAUGCCCGCUCAUCUAAAGAUGAAAAAGAUUAGUUGAUCACCUCAGUUAAGUGUGGCCUUAUUUAAUUUAAUUCAGAAGGGGGAGAUGUCAGAGACCAUCCCGUGAGAAA